AUGGAUGGACGACGGAUGGGAAGAGCGAUGAGGAAGGAAGGAGGAACGUUGUUCGUAUUGCUGCUGCUGAUGAUGAUUUGGAUGUUUGUUUGCAAGGAUGCGGUCUUUCGCGGUGCCGGUGGUGGCUGUUCAGAGGAGAGGGAUUUGGAAAGGAAAACGAGACGACGGGUCGGCAACGGGCAGGUCGUUUGGUUGGGUUUUGUUGCGUUUCGGUCGUCCUAUUUUUGUUUGCUAUGUCACCGUCGUCAUCACUGUCAUGACCAUGCUGGGUGGCAUGAUGGAACGAGCAUGGAUCGCCCACAGGAGAGAGGCUCGGAUCAUGUUGCAUCCAACGUGCUGCAUAUUUCGUUUGUACAAUGA